AUGUACCGAAAGAACGUGUGUGCUAUCAUCUUUAAUGAGGACCUUUUUUUUCUUGGGUGCAAACGCAUUAAUUCGGAUUUGUAUCAGUUUGUGCAGGGCGGAAUAGAGAAGCGGGACACCGAUCUCCUCCAAGCUGCAUACCGCGAGCUGCAGGAGGAGAUUGGACUGCUGCAGGAGGACCUGCAAUUCGUGGGGGAGAUUCUUCCAGCCAGCGGUGAUCCGCGGGAGUUUCGCUAUGAACUUCGCAGCACAGCCAAUCUCCGGCGAUUUGGCUUCCGGGGCCAAGAGCAGCGCCUCAUGCUGUUUUUUACCCAAGCCGACAACAUUGGAAAGGUGAAUCUCGUUCCACCCAAAGGAAGCGGCGCGCUGCAGGAGUUCUCCCACGUUGAAUGGAUGAAAAUUGAGGACAUCAUUGCCCGCUGCCCCAAGGAAAAGGCGCACAUCUUCAUUGCAGUGAGGAACCUGGGGCUUCCCAUGGCAAAGGCCUUUUUGCGCUCUCGCCCGGCUCUUUGA